AUGUCCGUCGAAACACUCACGACCAUCUCGCCAAUUACCAACAAGCCCGUCUUGACUCGUAAUGGCUUGACAGAGGGCGACCUGCAAGCCCUCCCGGCUACUGCAACCAAAGCUUUCGAGGCUUAUCGGAAGACGUCUCUCAGCGAGCGACAGAAAAUCGUAAAGAAAGCGCUCAAGCUGCUCAACGACAAGCAGGAUGAGCUAGCAAAAGAGAUCACGGAGCAGAUGGGCCGUCCCAUCGCCUACACAGCUAAGGAGGUCACCACGGCCGUGGCGCGCGGCGAGUAUCUCCUCAAGAUCAGCGACGAUGCUCUCAGCGACACAGACGGCGAGGCCGAGAAAGGGAUCAAGAGGUAUAUUCGGAAGGUGCCAAUAGGCCCUGUCUUGAUCUUGUUCCCAUGGAAUUACCCAUAUUUGACCCUUAUUAAUUCGAUUGUACCGGCUUUGCUUGCGGGGAAUUCUGUCAUUCUGAAACCGUCCCCUCAGACGCCUACAACGGCCGAGCACAUUCAAGAGAUCUUCACUGAAGCCGGUUUGCCAGAAGGUGUCAUGCAGCACUUCCACUGCGGGGCACUGAGCCAGAUCGAGACAUUGGUUCGAUCGCCUCAAAUCCAGCUUGUCUGUUUCACCGGCUCUGUAGCUGGAGGCCUUGCUGUACAGACUGCUGCUAGUGAUCGUGUGGCUGUGCGAGUUGGCCUGGAGCUUGGUGGCAAAGAUCCAGCUUAUAUCCGCUCCGACGUCGACAUCCCAUGGGCGGCCGAGGAGAUCGUCGAUGGUGCCGUCUUUAACUCCGGACAGAGCUGUUGCAGCGUUGAGAGAGUCUAUGUCGAUGAAAAGAUCUACGGCGAGUUCGUUUCCGCUGUGCAGGAGGUUCUCAAGGGCUACAAACUCGGAGACCCUUUCGAUACCAAAACACAUAUUGGUCCCGUUGUGUCUAAGCGAUCGGCAGAGACGAUCCGCUCUCAUAUCAAGGAUGCCCUUGAUAAAGGUGCGAAAGAUGCUACACCAGAGAACGAAUCCUUCAAAUCGCCUCCGUCCGACGGCAACUACGUUGUCCCUACUCUUCUGACGAAUGUCAAUCACGACAUGCUUGUGAUGACGGAAGAGACGUUUGGGCCCGUAAUUCCAGUCAUGAAGGUCAAAGACGAUAAGGAGGCCAUCAAGUUGAUGAAUGAUAGCCAGUUCGGCCUAACUGCUAGCAUCUGGACCAAGGAUGUUGCAAAAGGCCAUGAACUCGUGGAUGACGUCGAGGCAGGGACUGUCUUUGUCAAUCGUUGCGACUUUCCUAGUCCAGACCUUGCGUGGGUCGGCUGGAAAGACUCGGGGAAAGGACAGACUCUGAGUAAAUUCGGCUUCGACCAGUUUGUCAAGCUCAAGAGCUACCACAUCAAGGAUUACCCGAAGUAG